AUGCCCCCCCCACAAACAACCCACAUCUUCACCCUCCGCGUCCAAGCAGGCACCGAAUCCCUCAACGCCAGCCACCCCCAAUCCAAAAUCUCCCGACACAUCACGUCCCUAGUAGGCGGAUUUCUGCGUGGCGUUCCCGGCACCCGAGCCGAAGGGUUCAACGCCACUCUUGUGACGGGCGGCAGUGACUGGGUUCUCCGCGACGAGGCGUCGAAUAUUAUUCAUCUCGAUGUGCGGACGCAGGGACGAACGGACUCGGGGGAUGGUGUGUAUAUUCAGUAUAAAGGGCAUUUGGUGUUAGAUAAGCAAUCUCGGAAGUUUAUGAGUCGGGAUGGUGAUGCCGAGAUGACGGCGUUUGGGGAUCAUGAUUGGUGGGUUGUGGUGGGGUUUGAGGUUAGUGACCCCGGGUAUGAAUGGGUUCAACGGACGAUGUUCUUCGGAAGAGGUCGGUUUUAUGUAGAGGGGGAUCUCCGGGCGGUGGAGUAUGAGGUUUUUGCGGUUCAGAAUUGA